AUGGCCACAGCAAACGGUACCACCAGCAAUGACUUCACCGUCAAGGCUGGCCUGGCGCAAAUGCUGAAGGGUGGCGUGAUCAUGGACGUUGUCAAUGCAGAGCAGGCCCGCAUUGCUGAAGAGGCCGGCGCCGCCGCCGUCAUGGCGCUGGAGCGUGUCCCCGCCGAUAUCCGCGUUGAGGGUGGUGUCGCUCGCAUGUCUGACCCCAGCAUGAUCAAGGAGAUUAUGGCGGCUGUUACUAUCCCCGUCAUGGCUAAGGCUCGUAUUGGUCACUUCGUUGAAUGCCAGAUCCUCGAAUCCAUUGGUGUUGAUUACAUUGAUGAAUCUGAAGUCCUCACCCCCGCCGACGAUGUCUACCACGUCACAAAGUCCAACUUCAAGGCCCCCUUCGUCUGCGGUUGCCGUAACCUCGGCGAGGCCCUGCGUCGCAUCUCAGAAGGUGCCGCCAUGAUCCGUACCAAGGGUGAGGCCGGUACCGGCGACGUUGUCGAGGCAGUGAAGCACAUGCGUACCGUCAACGCGCAGAUUGCUCGUGCCCGGGGAAUCCUACAGUCGAGCCAAGACCCAGAGCCCGAGCUUCGUGCUUUCGCUCGUGAGAUUGAGGCUCCCUACGAGCUUGUCCGUGAAUGUGCCGAGAAGGGCCGUCUGCCCGUUGUCAACUUUGCCGCUGGUGGUGUGGCUACCCCAGCUGAUGCUGCCCUGAUGAUGCAGCUCGGUUGCGACGGUGUCUUCGUUGGCUCUGGAAUCUUCAAGUCCGGUGAUGCGCAGAAGCGCGCCAAGGCUAUUGUCCAGGCCGUGACUCAUUUCAAGGACCCCAAGGUUCUUGCUCAGGUCAGCGAGGGCUUGGGUGAGGCUAUGGUUGGCAUUAGCGUACAGAAGAUGGCUGAGGGCGAUAAGCUGGCUGGCCGUGGAUGGUAG